AUGAGUGUGCCGCCGACUGAUGGUGGUGAUGGUCGUCCUACAACAGACACUGAAACCCAAGGGGUCCAAGGGGAGCGACGAAGAAAAUUCAACUAUUAUUCACAAUUAUAUGUUAUUCCUGCAGUUGAUGCCGUUGAUGCUGGUAAAGGACAACUUGAAAUAUCUGUCAAUCAAGGACGUGUACCGAAUAAUGUACAAAUGCAAGGCGCAGGAAGAUGUCUUGUGACAUUCAUUCCACAACAUCCAGGCACAUAUGUGAUAGAUGUAACGUUCAACGGGGAACAAGUGCAUGGUUGCCCGAUCAAAGUUGAAAUUUUACCGAAGCAGGUUGGAGAAGUUGUACAUGCAAAUCUUACGCCCACAGCUGUUUCGACGGCAAUCUCAGCGGGUAGGUUUCCCUUGAAGUACUACACAGUAAUUGAUUCGUUUUGUUUUGAUCUCUGUACUACUAUGCUCAAUUACUUUGGAUUUUGA